UCCGGGGCCCCGCCUCUCGCCCCCCCCCCAGUUGAAUAGACUGCGUUCCUUUGGAACGCCCCGCAGAGCGGUGUUCUGGUGACUCUAGCCGCGUUCGCUUCUCUGUCCUUUUGCCUACCCACCGCCGUAUCCGGCAGACCCACCCCUCCUGUGCCAGGAGCGUGCUGUCACCAGCGCCAUGCCUUACCCAUACCCAGCACUGACCCCGGAGCAGAAGAAGGAGCUGUCUGACAUCGCUCAUCGAAUUGUGGCCCCGGGAAAGGGCAUCCUGGCUGCAGAUGAGUCCACCGGAAGCAUCGCCAAACGCCUGCAGUCCAUUGGCACUGAGAACACCGAGGAGAACAGGCGCUUCUACCGCCAGCUGCUGCUGACUGCUGAUGAUCGUGUGAACCCCUGCAUUGGGGGGGUGAUCCUCUUCCAUGAAACACUGUACCAGAAGGCGGACGAUGGACGUCCCUUCCCCCAAGUUAUCAAGUCCAAGGGCGGUGUUGUGGGCAUUAAGGUAGACAAAGGCGUGGUGCCCCUGGCAGGAACCAACGGCGAGACCACCACUCAAGGGCUGGAUGGGCUGUCUGAACGAUGUGCCCAGUACAAGAAGGAUGGAGCUGACUUUGCUAAGUGGCGUUGUGUUCUGAAGAUUGGGGAGCACACUCCCUCAGCCCUCGCCAUCAUGGAAAAUGCCAAUGUUCUGGCCCGUUACGCCAGCAUCUGCCAGCAGAAUGGCAUUGUGCCCAUUGUGGAGCCUGAAAUCCUGCCUGACGGGGACCAUGACUUAAAGCGCUGUCAGUAUGUAACUGAGAAGGUGCUGGCUGCUGUCUACAAGGCUCUGAGUGACCACCAUGUCUAUCUGGAAGGCACAUUGCUGAAGCCCAACAUGGUCACCCCGGGCCAUGCCUGCACCCAGAAAUUUUCCAAUGAGGAGAUUGCCAUGGCAACUGUCACAGCUCUUCGUCGCACAGUGCCCCCUGCUGUUCCUGGGGUCACUUUCCUGUCUGGAGGGCAGAGUGAGGAAGAGGCGUCCAUCAACCUCAAUGCUAUCAACAAGUGCCCACUGCUGAAGCCAUGGGCCUUGACUUUCUCUUAUGGCCGAGCCCUGCAGGCCUCUGCUCUGAAGGCCUGGGGUGGGAAGAAGGAGAACCUGAAGGCUGCCCAAGAGGAGUACAUCAAGCGAGCCCUGGCCAACAGCCUCGCUUGUCAAGGAAAGUACACCCCAAGCGGUCAGUCUGGAGCUGCUGCCAGUGAAUCUCUCUUCAUCUCUAACCAUGCCUACUAAGCAGAGGUGAUCUAAGGCUGGCUGCCCCAUCAUCACUCCAGGCCCCGCCUACCCACUUGCUGUUCAAGAGGGGGCCUCAGGCUCUUUCCCGUUACUCUUGCUGCCCUCGUGACUGCUGCUGUGUGGUGUCGUCUGUGAAUGCUAAUUCCGCCAUCCUUUCCAGCCCACUGCCAAUAAACAGCUAUUUAAGGGGGA